CCGUCGCAUCGCCUUCGUUGUGGAGUGUUACAGAACUGUAUUACGAAUCAAGUCUGUCGUAGUUGCGACGCGCUAAGCGGGCCCUAUAGACACCUGAUCCGCCGUUCAGCACGUUUCCUCGGUCAUUCAGUUUCGCUUCUCUGGAUCCUGUGACGAAGCCAGAAAGCCAGCCGCGACUGACGCCGUCUCUCCCGCGAUUUCCUAAACCAAAUUCCAGCAACUCGUGCACCAUAGCUCGCGCCGCCUGUCAAAUGCCAUCCGCCUCUCAAAUGCCACGUGUCUUCCCGACGCCACCCGCCUCUCAAAUGCCACGUGUCUUCCAGACGCCACCCGCCUCUCAAAUGCCACGUGUCUUCCAGACGCCACCCGCCUCUUGCGUCGCAUCCGCCCCGUGUUAGGACCCUAGGUACUACUCUCGACGAACCGGCCCGUGUUUUCUAGUUUCGCGGCGCCUCGAAGCUGUACGUCCCGUAUCAGGACCUUACUAGGUACCCCUCACUACGGACCCCGUGUUUUCUUGUCUUCAACCGUUUGGUGUGCGCAUCGAGCUCGUAGAAGCAUCCACUCCUGCAGCCGCGGGUGCGUUCGACUAGCUAGCUUUCGAUUCGACUCUCAGCCGCGCUACAUGCGGGGAGCGACGACGGACCCCGAGCAUCCUUGAACCCGUUUGGUGUGCGAAUCCGACUCUUAGAAGCAUCUACCACAGUAGCUAGGUUUCAAAUCGGCUCUCAGCCGCGGUACAUGCGGGGAGCGAGGACGAGCUUUUGAGUCGACUCAAUAGCGAACUCCGAGCUUCGUUGAACCCGUUUGGUGUACGAAUCCGACUCUUAAUACCAUUAUCCCAGUAGCUAGGUUUCGACCCUAAGCCGCAGGAUCAUGCGGGGAGCGACGAUGGCAGCGCGGACAAUGCCAAGCGGAAAGAGAAUGCCGAGAGCGAGCGCAAACGGACAGUUUGACGGAUGGCCAGACGGACGGCUACACCGACGGCCAACCGGACGGCUAACCGGAUGGCUAAACGGAUGGCGACAGUUAACAAUGGCGGCCGUGCUGGUGAUGGCUGCAUGCGGAAUGAUGGCGCUGCAGGCUGGGUCUGUUAUCAUCCCCGUGCACUCGACGCAGACGACCGCAAUGCAAUCGAUAGCUACCACGUGGCCCUCCGCAACGGUCUCGUGGGUGGCGGGGGAGAACUGUAGCACGUGGGGUGGGGUGGUGUGCGACGACGACGGCUACGUCACGCAGCUCGACUGAGCGGGCUCGAUUGGAGGGGACGAUUCCGUCCGAUGCCAUCUCCACGCUCGUCACGCUGCAAGAGCUCAAGUUGCACGACAAUUCCAUCGAGGAUGAUUUGCCAGUCAAGUUCAGUGCGCUUACCGCGCUCUCCUUCCUAUCUCUGGGCCGCAACGACAUCGCUGGUUCAUCCCCCGGGCUACUCCGCGCUCUCGAAGCUCAACUACCUUCUCCUGAGCGACAACCGCAUCACGGACCAAGUGCCCUCGGACCUCAGCACUCUCACCGACCUCGAGGCUCUCGACCUGAGCAAGAACCGUCUGUCUGGCAGCAUUCCAGCCGAAGUCGUCGCUCUCCCCAACCUCAUCUACUUCGACAUUUCAAACAAUGAGCUCUCAGGCCCCGCGCCGACGGGUUUUGCAAGCACCUCCUUCCAAGCAACUGCCGAGGCCACCUACAACAUCGAGAGAAACUAUUUCAACGGGUCGGCCAAUGCUAACAUCACAGCGGGCAACGGAACGAUUUCUUUCUGCCCGAACAAACUCCAGGGAGGGUUCGCACAAGCCGCCCUUCUGCCCUACAGCCAUCUCUCUAUGGGUCCGUGCGAGGAAACUGCAUGGUAACUUCCACCAAGGGGGCAUGCACGUCAGACAAGCAGCGGAAGACGAAUGAUUGUUUGGCGUUUUGUGGUGCGGGCAUGGCAGGAGGGCCGUGCGGAGGGCACGGGCGGUGUUAUUUGUCUGGACCUUCACGCAUCCCGACAUGCGAAUGCGAGAAGGAUUAUUUCGUGUAUUUUGCAAUUCAGAGUGGGAUCCGAUACCCCUCGUGCAGCAACUCAACCAUGGCUAACCGCCACCGUCACCCCCUCCGCCCCACCAGAAGACCCCGACCGUCGCAAGCCAGGUCUCAAGGACACGGAUUACCAGGCUGUACCAACCAAGCCGCUCACCAACUUCAACAAGUACUUCCGCCACGUCAGCAUGGGAUACACCGGCACAGCCACCAAGCCCUCGUGGACGUACAAGACGGCGGUGGACUGGCGCAUGCAGGUGGUCAACAAGCAGAACAGGACUGUUGUGGGACCCACCGUCGACCAGGGCACGUGCGCGGCCUGCUGGGCGCUGUUGCCGGUGGCAGCGAUCGAGUCAGCCUAUGCGAUAGCGUACGGGUCGAACCAGCCCAACAUAUCGGGGCAGCACAUACUCAACUGCCAGGGCACGUGGGAGUGUGGGCGGCAUCCCGUCAGACGCCUUCCAGUUUGCUGCCUCCGGGGGAGUGCUCUCGGAUUACAUGGUGCCCUACACCGGUGUUAAGGAUGCUACUAACUGUGGGCCUGCUGCAAGGCGGCGCCUUGCAGCGUCCUUCCCACCGGACCUCUGGUUCGACCGGGCACUAGAAGAUCACCGUGCCUCCACACAAGGCUCCUCGCUGCAACAACAGUCACCAUCAGGAGGCCUCGCCUCUUCUGCUAGACGCCACGCCUCCAACUUCGCCCCGUCUCCUCCUGCCCUCCUUGCUCCUCCUGCCUCUCCUGCCGAUUCCUUUACUCCUCCUCAUCCCCCCUCCUCCGUACACUGCUCCCAGCCGUCUCUCGGAACUGAGCUUCAAAGGCCAUCCCCCUGAAUCGCCGCUGCACUCCCCUCCUCCUCUCCCUCCUCCUCCAUCCGUCUUCUCCAACCUGCUCUCCUCCCUCUUCCAAAUCCCUCGCGCCCGCAUCCUCCAAUCAUCAUCAUUGUCUUCCUCCUCCUCCUCCUCCUCCUUCUCCUCCUCCUUACUUCCCUCCUCUGCCUCCUCCUUCCGCUCAUUCUCCUCCUCCUCUCGACCGUCCUCCAUGGGCAAAAUCAAACCCCUAAAGAAGAAGACCAAGAAGAAGCCCCCCCUGCACCUGCCGCUGAGCCGCUCCCGGGCCCGUACACAAUCGCCAUGUUUGAGCAGGUGUCGGUGUCUGGUUGGCUGGGCAUGGUGCUGGCGCUGCAGGCGCAGCCAAUCAUCGCCAACGUGGAGGCAGAUCAGACGUCCUUCAUGGAUUACGCUGGGGGGUACAUCUAUGCGGAUCCCGACUGCUUCAUCAAUGGGGUGGUGAACCACAUCGUGCUGCUGGUGGGGUACAGCAUGGUGGGAGCCACGCCGUACUUCAUCCUGCAAAACUCCUGGGGAUCCACCUGGGGACAAAACGGCUUCAUGCAGAUGGCCAUCCAAUCAGGAGAUGGCAUCUGUGGUGUCAAUACCUCGCCUGCGCUCUACCCUGUUGUCCGCGGGCCCAACCCGUGUGUGCCGAACCCGUGUGGGGGGGCACGUGCAGCCCUGGCCGGGGCCGGGGGGCUAUACAUGCAAGUGCAAGACGUACUUUGUAGUGGGGAAGAACGUGGACCAGUCUCCUGUGUGCAUCCCAUUGAAGCCAUGCUCUCUAAACGCGGUGAACCCCUGUCAGGUGGGCACCUGCCUGGACGACAGCAAGGGCAGCUACAACUGCAUCUGUCCACCGGGGUUCUUCGACAAGCGCGCCGGACAACACCCCCUCCUGCAUCCUCGGCCCCACACCAGACGAGAUAAGAGUGUUUCCGGGCUCACAUGCAACCUUGUGAUGUCGACCUACGGGAUCAGCUUGGCAAAUUUCACCCUACUCAAUCAUGAUCUCAACUGCGCCAGGCUAAGGCUAGGCGACGAUAUCCACAUCGGCGAUACCAACCCCUGCGCCACCCCCUAUACCAUCACAUAUAGCGAGACGUGUGCGGCGGUGGCAGCAGAGUUCAACAUCACAGUGGAGCAGCUCAAGGCGGAGAACCACGAGCUCAAAUGCAACAAGCCGCUGCAGAUCGGCCAGCAGGUGUGCAUCGAGAGGGGGACAGCAGACUUGCCGAUGUGCCAGGAGUAUGUGACUGUAGCGGAAGGUGACACGUGCGACACUAUAAUGAGGUCCGCGCGGCCGCCUCUGACCAGCCAGGAGUUCUAUGCUUUGAAUCCAGGCAUCAACUGCAACGUGGGCGAGCAGACGCUGCUGGGCCAGCAGAUUUGUACGCGUGGUGGCCAAUCGAGUGUUUUACUUGGUGCUUCAAGAUGUGUUACAAAGCAGACGUAUACAGUUGUCACUGGCGAUACAUGUGCGCGCAUCCUUGCACUCUAUUUCAAGUCUUCAGCACGCCUGCUAGCACAAUAUAACAGUGGGUAUGUUUGCACAAAUAGUCGAUUGUACAAAGGGACGGUGCUCUGCAAGGCACCCUAAAACUGGGUUUUGUGUUUUGUAAUAGUGUAUGUGUGCGUUUGUAGCUAUCUGGCUACAGUGGGUUGCUCCCAUUUUCAUGUAUUUGUACUUAGUAUGCUUGCUUUUGUUUUCAAACGUUGUCUCAUUGUUGAGAUGUAUAAUAACCAAUUCAACAAGCA